AAAAAAAACGAAAACGAAAAGAGAGCUCUCGAAUUGUUCCUUUCUUCAUUCUGCAGGCGAGUCCAGAAUUAGGGUUUGGUUUUGUGCAAAUUAGGGUUUCUGAUCAGCAUCUCCUUGUUCACAUUCAUCUUCAUCUCUCGACAUGACGGACGGCUACUGGAAUCGGCAGCAGGCGAUGUACCCCUCUGCCGGCGGCAUACUCAAACGACCGCGUACUGAAUACGAUAUGUCACCUUCGGGUCUUACUUCAGCUAAUGACAUGCAUAAUUUUAUUUCACGAGAUAAUGACCGUACUGGUCACCAGGGGAUAAAGGACACAAAAACUCUUGGGUCUGCUUAUGACCGCUACCUUCAGAGUGCGGGGCAGCUUACUUCAUUUAAUUCUGGGGAAGCCAGCACAAUUGGUGGUGUUGGAUUGGGAAGGGGUGUUGGUGGGUUGCCAGGCCAUUCACUAGGUGAUCCUGCGGUCAUGGGGCAUCUGGGUGGUGGUGGCCAUGAUCUUGCACGAAAUGGACGGAAUGCCAAUUACGGCGGUCAGUUACCAGUAGAUGCAGUUUCCAGGCCUGGACCUGAAACAGUUCCUCUACCUCCAGAUGCUUCGAGUACUUUAUAUGUUGAAGGUCUUCCAUCGGACUGCACAAAAAGGGAAGUGGCCCAUAUUUUUCGCCCUUUUGUUGGAUAUAGAGAAGUGAGACUUGUGACCAAAGAAUCCAAACAUCGAGGUGGAGAUCCUUUAAUCCUUUGUUUUGUAGAUUUUGCUAAUCCGGCUUGUGCAGCAACUGCUUUGAGUGCCUUACAAGGUUAUAAAGUUGAUGAACUCAGUCCUGAGUCUAGUCACUUGCGGCUUCAGUUUUCUCGGUUUCCCGGUCCCAGAAGUGGAGCUGGACCUCGUGGCAAGAGGUGAGCUGAUUCACCUUAGGGCGUUUUGGUUAUACAUAGGGUUGGUGUGCACUAUGUGCAAAUUUAGUCUCUCCUAGCUAGAAUCCUAGUUAGAGCUCGUGAGGUGCACAUAGUAUUAACGAGCUGAGAUCAAACUACUAUUGCAUUUGAGAAAAUGUAACACAUGGGCAUUUUUGGGAUGGUCACUGCUGUUGAUUGUGUUGUAUCAAUGUUGGUAAUUUUAAUAUGAAUCUGAUGUCUUAUUUCUA